AUGCAGCGCAGCCUUCCCGGCGCCGCGGACGCUGCAAGCUCCUCGACCAGCGCUGGCCCUUCGCGCCAGCCCGGUCCUCAUCAUCCGGUCUCGACCUCUGACUCGACGGCAUCUAUACCAGUGUUUUCGGCGCCGAGAAGCACCAUCCCUCCCAUAGAGUACCGCAACAACGCGUUGCCAAGCGAAGACGACGUCCCUAAUGGGUUGCUGUUGUUGAGCUGCGACCUUCGUUUCGAUGUCGAGACCGGUCCCGACGGUACCGAGCAUCAACUGGACCGGAUCCAAGUGCCCGUGCCGGGGAUCGAGAACAGGUUAGGGAUCCGUGUAAAUCCUGGUUCCGUGGAUGUGGUUCGGUACAGCAGUGAUGGCUACAUCUCUGCCUACGGGAUAUUUCUUGCGGCGUUUCCCCUCGCUCCUCACCAGUACUUGUCGAUGGAGCGUGAGCAUCUAAGGUCGUUGCCCGGAGCAGACUUCCGUGGUCCCGACCACGCCAUCUUCAUUCCCCAGGAGCAGGCACUUCUUCUUGCUGCGGAAUAUGGCAUUUCACGAUACGUCGCUGCGCUGGCACAGCAGCCGUCGCUGCCACAGACCGGUGUUCGCCGUGGACCUCUGAGCCCAUAUCUACCAUCGUCUCCGGCGGCAUCGUCGAGCUCAGCUCCGUCAUCUCCCCUUGCAGCGUAUAGCCGACGCUCCGAGGCUAGUUAG